CACAGCGAAACGGACGUGUGUGUGCGACGCAACGAACGAGCGAGCGUCGAAUAACGAAUAACUGUGCUUAGCUUAGCUAAAAAUAAACGAACGAUGGCUUUGCUAGCCGGACUUCAGGUCUAACAAAGUGCAUUCGUCAAGUACAAUUAAAUGUUUAGGCGAAGGUUCUGAUUGGCUGCGACUGUUGUUAAUUUGACAACGCCAACGGAUGCAUCCACCUUCACUCCAGCCUUGUUACGUGUCGCAGACACUAUUACGCGAGAUAUAUUUACUCAUAAACAUACAGAGAUACAUGUAUAUGUAUUUAUGGACAGUUGUGUGUUCUCGUGAGAAACAAGUUUAUAUUGGUUAGAAAAGUGCCGUCUCCAUACGUUCGCAACCCCGCGCUACUCUCUCUCUCUAUCCUUCGGCAUUUCGAGCGCGCGCUGAUUGCAUUCUAACGGUAAAACGAGUACGACUCUGACAACUGGCCCCGGCUUGGCCUGUGCUGUGCUGUGUUGUUGUUGUUCUUAUGGCCUAUUGCAGCAUCUACAGCUACAACAACAAUUGCAACCGUAACUAAGUAGCAUAAGAAGUUUUGCGCGUUCGCUUUGUGCUAAUCUUCUCAAUUUAUGUUUCUUGUUCUUCGAUGACGCUGCAAAGUGCACGAAAGCCAACUUUUCCAAUCACAAAAUAAACACAUAAAAAGUGUAUCUGCAUGUGUGCAUGUGUACGUGCGUGUGUUUGUGGCUGUAUGUGUAGACAUUUUGAGUACAUUGUGAAUUGGCCCAAUUUGGAUUCGUGUCAUUUUACUCGCAUUUGCUCCAAAUUGGAUUUCGUUUUUGGCCUAGAAGUGUGAACGGAAUAAAGCUAAACGAGUGACAGCUCCACGCACCAUUCACAGAUGGCGCCCAGCGUAUGCGAUAAGUCGCCCAAAUUGCAGCCACAUAAUGCAGCAGCAGCCCCAACACCGGCACCGGCUGCCGCUGCUGGCCAGGCGCAAUCCUCAAUACCGGCUACGUCCAGUGUUUCGGGCACAAAUAAAUUUGGAGCCAACAGCGUGAAUGGUUCGUUGGCCUCCUACAAGAUGGCUGGCUCUGAGCAGAGUUGGCCGCAGGCUCCCAUCUACAGCAAGGAGAAUCAACGUCCGCCCGUCUACAAUCCCGAGGACUAUGUUCACUCCUUGCGCAAAUUCACCAAGGGUAGCUCGUCUGGCACUCCCAAGGCCCAAUCUAUUUAUGAUGUGAACAUUAAUGGUCAACUGCAAGUCGGCGUUAAAGAUGAUGCCUAUAAAUCUGCCACACUGCCAGCCAAACACUCCGGCUACAAAAGUCCCAUUCCGGCGCCGCCUGAGAGCGAUAGUGAGAUGUCCUUGCGUCAGUUUGGCUCCAUAACCGAUCUGCUGACCAAGCUGCGAGCCGAUCUAAGGGUAUCAUUUCCCAGCUUCGUGCAGGAGUUUGUGGCCACGCCCUCGGAUGGCAUUAGCCAUUUGCUAGAGGUGCUGCGUGCCAUACAGAUGGCGCAGGCAAGCAAUGCGCCUGCUCCCCUGGCAGCUGGCACCAAUUCGCUGGCCAUGUCGCGCAAUCCGCAGAACUAUCAGCGCCGCGCCCUGCUGGACGAGCUUUCCUGCCUACAAUGCCUGAGCAUUUGCUGUUCCCGCUCUUUGGAUGCCAUCGCCCGCUUAGGCAACACACCCGUGGGUCUUAUGCCACUCGCCUCAUCGGCCACGGGGCAAGGCAUACGUGGACGCAUCCUGGCUCUGCAGCUGCUCGCCGCUGCUUGCGAUCGGCAGCCGUUUGGUCAGGGCAAUGGUGGCCAGAAGAUCAGCGCCGCUGGCCACACCGCCGUCUCGGAGGCGAUGUCAACGCUGCGACUACGCUGCAGUGAACCCGUGCGUUUCCGCCUGCUCAUCGGCAUUCUCAACAGUGGCGGCGGGUCCGGAGAACUUCAGUGUGCUGGCAUCAAAUUCCUCAACACAUUCAUCGAGAGCGCCGUCAGCCUGCAGCAGCGCUUGUACAUCCAAGCGGAGCUCUGCCAGGCGGGCCUAGAGACCAGUACGCUGGCCAGAACCAUCUCCUGCUCUUCGCCCUGGCUAGAUGCGCUGCGAGCCGAGGUAAAGCGUUUCAAUGAGCUGCACAUCGAUGUGGAUAAGAUGAUGGCGCAGGCACGCGAUGCCGAUCGUGUGCGCAGUCAGAUGGUCAUUUUGGAGCGCCGCGUCCAGAUAUUGCACGAAGAAAAGACCGUGCUCACGUCCAUGGAGCGACGCCUGCAGGAGCGUUGUGCGGAGCUGCAGCGGGAGAUCUUUCGGCUGCAGGGCGCACAGGAAUCGAACUUCAAGCCCGUGGAGGCGCAUCAGCCUGUCGCACUGCCACGCCAGGUGCCACCCACAUCAAAGACGGCAGCAGGCAGCAAGCAGAGCUGCUCGGAGCACGAGGACGAGGGCAUCAGCAGCAGCGAAACCGGCGCCUCACUGAGUCCCGUGCCCAUACUAGUGUUGCCCUCCAAGUCCAAGCAUCACAAGCAGUUGCGCAAAGCUGCGACGCGAAAGGACGAAGAUGACGACGAGGAUGCCGCCACUAUAGAAGAUGUCAUCGAGGAGCUGGACAACAUAGUAAGCGAGGCAGAGAAACAGAUAUCCAGCCAUACCAUAACAGUAAAGUCAGGCCAGGCAGCCAAGACUAGGCUGCAGCAUCAGCAACAGCAGCAGCAGCGCAACCUUCAACAGGAACAGGAGCAGGAACAGGACAUUGUGCCGGUUAACAUUGUGCCACAACCGCCACGCAAAUCCCGUUCAUUGGCACACUUAGUGCCGCGCACGGACUGCUCCGAGCCGGAGGACUCACAGUAUGGCAUGAUAAUGCCAGCUGAUACGACGGCCGUCGAACGUCUGGCUGCCAUGCAGACCUUCUUCGACGAGGUGGACUAUGAUGGCGCGCAUAGAGAACUAGAGUUGGAGAGGUCCUACGCACGGGACACGCCCUCAGCCGAUAUGCCUGAGGCGGAGCCAAGUGCCACCGCAACGGCGUACAAUGCGAGCACCAAUCGGGAGCUGUUGGAUUUCAUAAUGAAUGCGCGUCACGACGACAACGAUCCAACUAUAUUGGCAUUGAGGAACAGCAGCAAGGAGGCAGGGAACCACGAGCGACAGCCAUCGAGCAAAGCGCCAGCACCGACGCCGCCCGCACAGCAUUUCAACGGUGUCUUCUUUAUGACCGGCAUGAAUACACCCCAAAAGUAUCCAAAGCCCGAUCUCACAGCCGCACUUCAGGCACGCCGAGUGACCAAGAAUGUGGAGCGUCUGGAGGCGGCCUUUGCCGACGGCCAGACCCACAACAAUGAGGCAACUAAUGUGCGUGAGAAGUCGCGCAGCAACCAACAAAUCUAUUUCAGCAGCAAUCCGACAAUGCGUUGCUCGCUGCUCGACCAUCCGGGAUCGGGUCAGCUGUCUGGCCAAAUAUCUGCACGCACGCGCUCCUACACGCAGGGCUCCAAGGUAACGGACCUACCCUCGGGCUUGUACUGAUGCCCCCACAACUUCGUCCAGAUACUCCUGUGCUCCUGUGCUCCUGUGCAAUACAAACAAACAAACAAUCACUCCUAGGCUUACGAUAUGCAUUCGUCUAUUUAAGUCUUAUUUUUUUUAAUUCACUUUUCUUUCAUUGCUAUAGGAUAAUAUAGAUUUUCGUAUUUCCUAGCAUAGAUUCGGUGGCAGCUUCAAUCGGGUCCCUAACU